CGUAACCUAAUUUACUCUGGAAUUAACGGUUUCAGAUCAACCGUGCUGAUUUUUUAAUGUAAACCAUUAAUUUCAUAAGUUACAAGGUUUGUUUCAUUGAAUCGUUCUUAACCGCUUAAUUGUUUAAACAAAGAAGCAAAAUGUCAAAUAAUACCGGUGCGGAUUGGAAGUCAAAAAAAGCAAUUGCAGACGAAAAGUUCCAUCAAUUGGUUCAAGCUAUAAGAAGCAAGAACAAGAUAACAGCUCGUAGUCUUAUUUUACACCAUCCUGAAAUUGAUUAUAAUCUCCAAGCAGGAGGCCGUUCUUUACUUCAUUGGGCUGUCAUCUAUUUCGAGGAUACAGAAAUUAUAGAAUUACUUCUUGAUAAAAACAUUGAUGUUGAUGCUUUGAAUAAUCGCGACAAAACAGCUAUCUUCCUUGCAGUUGAAUUGCAAAAAGUUGAGAUUGUUAAAUUACUUUUGAACAAGGGUACUCACAGCAUAAACGAUCUAAAAAUACUAUUACAUCAUGCUAGCCAGAAAAAAAACUAUCGAUUGGUAGAACCUCUUUUUGAAUAUAUUUUCUAUCUUAAGCGAAGAAUAAACAGUGAAUUUUAUUACUUUGCUUACGUGGCUGCUAAAAUCGGAAAUGCAAGAAUGAUUGAAAAUUUUAUACAACUUGGAAUAGAUGUGAAUAUGAUCAAUGAAGAUAGCGGCUUCUCGCUUUUACAUAUUGCUUGUUGGCAAAAUUAUGUCGAUGUGGUCCAAAUACUUAUCAAGUAUCAAGCUGAUGUUAACUUGAAAGUUUUCUUCGACGAAUUGUCAAAUGCAGCCCAAAGUUUCUUUAAAAGGAAUCAUAUUCCAAAUGGAGUGACACCCUUAUGGAUUGCUACAGUGAAGAGUUCCCAACCAUUUAUAGCAAAUUUACUCGUAGAUCGAGGAGCAAUGAUAGAAUAUGAUCCAAAUUGUGAUUUAAUCAUCAAUACUGUUGUGAAAAAAAAAUGGAUAACAGUUCUUGAAACAAUGGUGGAUCAUGGUUUAAAGAUACAUGCAACUACUGUGGGUCAAACAACUAUCUUGAACUUCUUUACCAAUUUUCAAGAAUCACCAACUUCAACUGCUGAUACUCAAAAUAAAAUACCUAAAUUACUCCUAACUAAAGGGAUAAAUAUUAAUUUUCCAGAUGACAAUCAAGAAACGUUACUCUUUCAUGCUAUCCAUAAUGGUAAUAUUAAGAUGACUGAACUUCUGUUGAGCAAUAAUGCAAAUGUUCAACAUAAAAACAUUAAUGGAGAUACUCCACUCCAUUUAGCAACUCGAUAUUUUAUUGAUACCAAAUUUGUUGAAAUCCUUUUAAGAUAUAAUGCGAAAGUCAACGAAAUAAAUAAAGAUAGUCUAGUGCCUCUUCAUUUUGCAUGUGAUGAGGGUAAUAUUAAAAAAAUCCAAAUCCUUCUGGAUUAUAAUGCUGGAGUCAAUGUAGCAGACAAAUUUGGUAAAACACCUCUGCAUUUUGUAUGUACGAGAGGUGAAAUAUGGGUUCCAGAAGUACUUAAACUUCUACUACAAUAUACAGGAGAUAUUAAUGUUCGAGACCUAAAAGGUAAAAGUCCACUCUUCGAGGCUUGUGAGGUAGGCAAUGUUUCAGUAAUUAAUAUACUCCUGGAGAAUGGAGCUGACAUGGAAUGUAAAGAUAACCGAGGUGAUACUCCUUUACAUAUAGCUCUCAAAAGAUUUUCAAGGAACUGGGAAUGUGUAAAAUCUCUCCUAGAUGCAAAGAAAAGUUCAUUUGUUAGUUAUGAAGAAAGAAAACCAUUGUAUCAUUUUUUUGCUGAGUAUAAUUUCAGCAUUUUAGAGCUUCUAAUCCAAAAAGAUUUGGAUAUCAAUACUGUUGAUGGUUCAGGACAAACUGCUCUUCAUAUUGCUGCUGAUCGAGGACAUAUAGAUAUGGUUAGAGAUCUGAUUAUUAAUGGGGCUGAUGUUAAUGCUGUUAACAAUUAUAAAUUGACUGCUCUUCAUUAUGUAUUACGGCGUAUUUCCUAUUUCCGUGAAGAACUUUACGAUCAUCGUCUUGUUAUAGAAUUUCGUCGCAGUUACAACAUGAAGAAUACAGAAUAUGGCCAUUAUUAUCAUGGACGUGAAAAAGUAUUCUUUUACAAACGCGAAAUUAAUUCUUAUAAAAAAAUUCGUAAUAUUUUGCAAGAGCAGAUUAUCAAACUAAAAUGUGCCAAUUUCUCUAUUAAUGAAUACAAUUAUGAUUUAGUGUAUUUCAAUAAUUGUCAAAAUGACCAAGAAUGUGAUAAUUUUUCUGAUGAUGAAGAUGAGAAUGUCUACAGCAUUAAUGUGAGAAAUUAUGAGAAUCAAUGCUAUCGAGAAAUACAAGAACUGAAGCAAGAAUCAAUUUCCAAUACUGAUAUUACACUAUAUGACGUUUUAACGCAAAGUCUUGAAACUAUUGCUCCAUAUACUAAAGAUGUAAACGUGAUGAAUAUUUUACGACUGAAUAAAUACAAUAAAUUUAAGUGUUAUAUAGAUAUAAUAAAAUAUCGUAUUAAAGAAGCAGAGAAAAUAAUGCUUAAUACUGUUCCUUCACGACCACAUGAUUUUUCAACGGAUGGACGUAUUAGUGAUUUCAUUGCUGACAAUAAAAGUGUUUAUAUUAAUCGGGAACAAGACAGUUUGAAAAUACCAUAUGGAAAACGAUUAUUAGUUGAAUACCAGCCUCUUUUUUAUGAUGGCCAAUCUUUUUCCAAAAAGAAAAGAUCCUAAUGAAAGUGUUUGCACAGUAUUAUUGCUAAUGAAGUAUUUUUUUAGUGAUAAUAAUUUUACUAUUUUUCUACGGAUUGUUAUUAAAUAUAUCAUUUCUUAGAUAUUUUUGAUAAGUAAAAUCUUAUAAUGUUGGCGUACUAUUUGCUGUGAAGAAUUUAGAAACAAUGUCAUUUACUUAAUAAAGAAUUCAAAAUAAAAUAAGAUUGUUAUUGAAACUUGUAAU